AUGCGUACUGUCUUUGCUAUUUCUUCAGCUAUUGCUCUUUUUGCUGCCUCAGCAUACGCAUCAGAGAAUGCUGGCUUCAAUCCUGUAAACUUUGCCGAUGAAGUCACUGCUGCCCCUGCCGCAUUGACCAACGAAUUCGUCGUUUUCCGCUGGAAGGGCGACAAGGCCGUUGCCAAGGAAUCAUUCAAUGUCAAUGUUGAGAACAAUGCUCGUAUUCAAGUAACUGAUUUCAAGAACCGUGGUGAUAUGUUUGAAGUCUUUGACAAUGGCAAGUCUUUGGGUAUGACUACCAAGGUGGACGCUCUCAAGGAUGAUCAAGUUUUUGCUGCUACUCCCGAGGAGGCUCUCAACGAUGACCGUUUCAGCAAGGGUAUCUUUGAUUUGGCAAAGGGUGAACACAAGAUCACCAUCAAGGCUAUGGGUCCCUAUGAAGCUGGUACUGCUGCUAUUCGUAUGUUGGAUCAUGCUAAUGUUGAUUUCCACAAGAAGGGCGGCAAGGGCCAUCACGACGAUGACGAUGAAGAUGAUGAAGAUGACAAGAAGCACGGUCAUGGCCAUGGCCAUAAGGGCGGUGAUGAUGACGAUGAAGAUGAUGAAGAUGAUAAAGACGAUGAAGACGAUGAAGAUGAUAAAGACGAUGAAGAUGAUGAUGAUAAAGACGAUGAAGAUGAUAAAGACGAUGAAGAUGAUGAUGAUAAAGACGAUGAAGAUGAUGACGAUGAUGACGACGAAGACGAUGAAGAUGAAGACGAUGAAGACGAUGAUGACGAUGAUGAAGAUGACAAGAAGUAUGGUUAUCGUCAUGGCCAUAGUCAUGGCCAUAAGGGUGGCUGGCACAAGGAUGAUAAGGAAGACUAUGAAGGAGGCAAGGGUGACUGGCACAAGGACGAUAAGGAAUACUAUGAAGAACGCAGAAAGGGUGGCGAAAACGAUGAACAAGGUGGAAGAGGUGGUGAAAGCUUUGGAGCAGGCAGAGCCAAUGCUGGUCAAGACGGUGGAGCAGGCAGAGCCAAUGCUGGUCCAAAUGCUGGAGCAGGCAGAGCCAAUGCUGGUCAAGACGGUGGAGCAGGCAGAGCCAAUGCUGGUCAAAACGCUGGAGCAGGUAGAGCCAAUGCUGGUCCAAAUGCUGGAGCAGGUAGAGCCAAUGCUGGUCCAAAUGCUGGAGCAGGCAGAGCCAAUGCUGGUCCAAAUGCUGGAGCAGGUGGACCCAAUGCUGGUCAAAAUGCUGGAGCAGGUAGAGCCAAUGCUGGUCAAAAUGCUGGAGCAGGUAGAGCCAAUGCUGGUCCAAAUGCUGGAGCAGGUAGAGCCAAUGCUGGUCCAAAUGCUGGAGCAGGUGGACCCAAUGCUGGUCAAGACGCUGUAGUAGUUAGCCCCAAUGCUGGUCAAGACGCUGUAGUAGUUAGCCCCAAUGCUGGUCAAGACACUGUAGUAGUUAGCCCCAAUGCUGGUCAAGACACUGUAGUAGUUAGCCCCAAUGCUGGUCAAGACGCUGUAGUAGUUAGCCCCAAUGCUGGUCCAAACCUUGUAGUAGGUAUCGCCAAUGGUGCUCAGUGGGUGCCCACCCAUCCUACUGAUGAAGAAUAUGAUCUCUCUCAUACCAUCACUUUAACCAUAACCGAGUGGGUUGCUCCAAACGCUGCUAGUGUUGCUCCUGUAGAAGCCAGUGUUGCUCCCGUAGAAGUCAGUGUUGCUCCCGUAGAAACCAGUGUUGCUCCCGUAGAAACCAGUGUUGCUCCCGUAGUAGCCAUUGUUGCUCCCCUCUAA